UCUAAACCAAAUUACACGAAUAAAUUUUAAAAAGGAGAGUUUCACAACUUCUCGAUCCAUGUCAUUUGACUUUUGAUAAUUUGGUUGUAUUUGUGAUCAUUACCCGAGUACGCUUACAUAAAGUAUUGCCGCCGUGUACAAAACAUGGACGACAAUAAUGCGUCAACGUGGAGUUGGGACAUUCAAAAAAUUCCUUGUGCUAGAGAAUCAUUAAUAUUUGGGAUCUCUACUGGCCUAUUUAUUGGAAGUGCUGUGUUUGUUAAGACAAGAAUAAUUCGGAAAUCUUGUGAUUAUGCAGUCGGUUCCUUUGCUGUUCUGUCACUUGCUUCGUGGGAAUUGUGUUCUUAUCAACGAUACAGGAAUCAACAAAAAAUUAAGGAAGCACUGGCUCAGUUAAAUGAAUAUGAAAAAAAGCGGGCCCAAGUUUCAUUUGAUGAUUCUGAAUUAACAAAGACUUGAAAAGGACAGACACUUUUUCGUGUAUAUAGUUAUACAAAGAUAAAUCAUGGGAAUUGAAAUGAAUAUAACUCAAUAAUCAUUAACAAGAGAAUAUUUUCCACAUUUUA